AUGGAAGUCAACAUCGUACCACAGCUUCUUUCCGGCGGUUCAGUGAACAAGGAAGGCCAGCCAGCCGCGGCAAACCCAGACAUUAGCACCGUGCCCAUUCCUGCGUCCUUGAUCGACACAACCUUGUCCUCUUUGACGAACCUCAGCACCUCUGUCCUCGGUGCCAAAGUCCUCUCGUGCUCCGACGAAUACUUCGCUUCCGCCGAGAACCUCCUGACCGCAGGCCCGCCGAUCCGCAAAGCAGGCUACUUUGUGCACACCGGAGCAUGGUAUGAUGGCUGGGAGACGCGAAGACACAAUUCAAAAGAGUACGACUGGGUGGUGAUAAAGCUGGGCUGUGUCGGCGUGAUAGACGCCGUGGAGGUUGACACUGCUCACUUCAACGGCAACGAAGCGCCAUAUGCGGGUCUCGACGGCUGUUUCCUCACGCCCGAACAAGAAGCGGCCAGCGGUGUUGAAAAGGAAGGCUUCCAGGGCUGGAAGGAAGUGCUACCUCCUUCCAAGUGCGGCCCUAGCCAACGUCAAGCCUGGACCGUCUCUGGACCGGGCGUCACAGGCGAGCAAUUCACCCAUCUGCGGUUGAAGCAGUAUCCGGACGGUGGCAUUGCGAGACUGAGAGUGUAUGGCAAAGUCGUGCCGCCACCGCUACCUGUCAGUGCAGCGGCCGGUGGUGAGAGACCGGUGGAGGAUCUGGCGAGUGCGCUCAACGGCGGCGUCGCGAUCGAGUGCUCGGAUCAACAUUUCGGUGGAAAGUCGUACCUCCUCCUACCUGGUCGAGGCAAGGACAUGGGUGACGGAUGGGAGACCAAGAGGAGUAGGACCAAGGGCCACGUUGACUGGGUCAUUGUCCGGCUGGGGUUGAAGGGCAAGAAGAUCGAGAAGGUGGUCGUCGACACGAAAGACUUCCGUGGCAACUUCCCUAGAGCGGUCAAGGUGGAAGCGUUGGCGCUGGAAGCUGCUAAAGCUGCUCUGGGAACUGAGGCCGACCCCAAGGCCGACGAUGCCAGAUGGGUCCCCGUGAUCCAGGGCGAGCAGCCUUGUAAAGCAGACCUCGAGCACGUUUUCGAAAGCGGAGCUCUGUCGGCCACGGAUGCCCCAGAAGGUCACGUCUGGACGCACGUCAAGAUGACCAUUAUUCCCGACGGUGGCGUGAAGAGGAUACGAGUCUUUGGGAGAAGGGCAUAG